CAACCUGGCUUGAUGCCCGUUUGUUCCUCUGUUAGCUACCAGUGGAAAAAUCUCCAGCUAUACCUGCCUUGCACAUUGAUCGACAACCCUCAAUCGUGGACAGCAAAGAAAAGGGCCCAAUAUGGAUCGGACUCGAAGAUCAAGAACAGCAAGAACACGAAGGCCAGCUAAUACAGGAUGGACCGAAGCAUACCUAAGGGCCCAAAUGAAAGAGAAUAAACUAAAUCUCUCGGGAAAGUCUCUGAAUGAAAUACCACCUGCCGUCUUCCGUAUCGAGGAACUUGAAAUCUUGGAUGUUUCAGACAACCCUCUGGGUUCCAUACCGGCUGACAUUGCGAGUCUUGCUAAUCUAAAAGAAAUGAGAGUAGCCGGUUGUCCCAUCACAGAAAUCAGUGGUACCAUUUCGGGGUGCAAAUAUCUGAGCAUAAUUGACUUUUCACGGAAUCCUUCAAUUGCUACAGUAACUCUUCCAGCAACAAUGCAGCAGCUUAGGUACCUUGAGUACGUUGUUUUGUGCAAAUGCAACCUCAGAUCACUCCCAGGCAAUCUUACUGUCCUGGCCACAGUUGAAACCCUUGAUCUGUCAACUAAUGCCUUGACAACUCUCCCAGACAACAUUUCAGGUAUGAGGCAACUUAAGAUCCUGUUCCUCAACAACAACGCAUUUGAACGCAUUCCAGAAUCAAUCAAGUCGCUCGGAUGUCUUGAAAUCUUAGAAAUGAAGAAGAACAAACUGAAAAACCGUCAUCGCGACUUACAGCUGAACGUCCCUCGGAAGUUGAAGAUCUUGGAUAUGGAGGACAACAGUUCCUUAUGUUUUCUGCCUGCAGGGAUUGAGAAGUUGGAACACAUUGAAAAACUUAAUCUCAGCUACUGUGGUAUUGAGACCCUUCCGGACUCUAUCGGAGAGUCGUCCUCCUUGAAAGAAAUCCACCUUGCCGGCAACAAACUGCGCAAGCUUCCAGACGGCUUGGGACGCCUACUGAACCUGGAAACUCUCGACUUGGAAGGAAACCGUCGUCUGUACGGUUUGCCACCUGCACUUCACCGCCUGCGGAAGCUGAAAGACAAAAAGAUAGGGACAAAAACCGGUCUUGUGCUGAAUGACACUCCGGCAUUGCAGCUACCAAACCGCACAAUUGUGAAAGAAGGCGUGGUCUCCGUCCGCACUGAGCUGUUGGCAGAGGAUUGCUUCAACAAGGUCGCAGUAACCAUUGCGACGGAGGUUGUUGACGACACAAUCAUCGAAAUUCUUUCAGACGACAUCGUCACCAUUGUUGAUGAGAGUAUGGCUGAGCACCUUAUGCUGUAUAUGACAGAUGAUGCAAUCGCAGAAGAAGAAUGCGCAGAGGACGUUUGGAAGUCUAUCUUUGAAGACGCCAACAUGUCACUUGUGACGGAAAUUAGCGACGAAACGGUGGGCGAAGAAACAGCUGUCCUAGAUGCAAAGGCAUGUCCGGUGAUGGAAGAACUUUUGGAGGAAAUCAUCAAGGCUACAUUAAAGUCUAUCGCUUUAGAAGAGGAAGAGGAAUUGCGCCUUGGCCCUACCGUUCCAGAGGAGUACGGCAAGCUGUUUAGUUAUGAGAUAUCAACAGACACAAGCACCGUGCAGUCGCUGGACCUCCCUGCAGGCUGCAACCUGAGCAUUCCUCCCGGAGCUACAGAGGAAGACACAUCAGUUAUCACAGUAGUGCUGAACCCACACGGGUACGACGGAACGCUCGACCUAGAAGACACCGAGCUUCUGGUCAGCGACAUCAUCGAGAUGCGACCAUCAGGAAUGACGUUCUCCGAGCCCGUAAAGCUGAAGAUUCCACACUCCUUACCCAAGUUUGACUGCGAAAGGGAGUACAUUGUGAUGACGUCAGAGGAUGACGGCGGUACGUGGUUGGCUCUGGAAACACUGAGCGAAGAAGAGAACGGACAGCGGUUUGUUACGGUAGAGGUAACGCACUUCUCUUCAUUUGCUGUCGUGGCGAGACCAUUGAAACACGGCUUCAGAGUAAGGAAAGGCGAAUCAUCACCCCUGACAUCCUCAGAGCAGACAGGGAUUGAGAUCAACCUUCCUGAGGACUGUAUCCCUGAAGAGCAGGAGAUCUCGUUUACUGUGACGCCAGUCGACAGAGACACACUUGCGUGUGCUGGGAUGGAGGAUGCAGUAGACAACAUGAGUCAUAUUCUCAACUUUUUUAAAGGCAGCGACCUACUGUUGAACCGCCCCGCUACUGUUGUUCUGCCCCUGUCACCCGGAGAAGAAGACAGCCAAGUCCGUGUCCUCAGCUGCGAUGAGAACGGAGACUGGGAAGACGUCACCAGUAAAGUGGAGAAUGUCGUCCUACAGGGAUCAAAGGUGGCUUUCCAGACAGACCGACUCAGUUCUGGUUUUGUCGUUCUUCGCUGCCGUGACGGGACGGAUGUAAGUGGGAUCGUCAACCUGGUGACGAGAAACGUCCGGGCCCGACGCGUCAGGACUGUCAUCUUCAAGAAGUGGAAGGAACCCCGGGAGGACGGCGUCAUGACUGCCCGGAUGGAGUGUGUGCUGGAGGAGUCUGUGGACGAUCGCAUAAGUCGCACCCAAACCGAGGACAAAUACGAGCUGCAGGAAGGCACACCAACCCCUCCAGUCGCCAUGCUGGAAAACGAGACCGUCUGCGCCAUCUUCCACGGAAACAUCCGCCCUGAUGUGGAAGAGGUGAACGGCAUGUAUGGAGUCAACUUUAAGUUCUACUGCGAGAGAACACGUAGGCUGGAAUUCGAUGUGAAGGUGUUGGAUUUGGGCGAAGACUUAUUCUCCAUGGUCGAGCUGUACCCGGGACCAAGGGAAAAUUAUCACACGAUGAGUGCCUGGGAAAUGGCUGAGCCCGCAACGCCCCUCGCGGUUGCUGGAAUAACUACACCCAGAAACCAAGACGUCAGCAUUCAGCCACCAGAAGAUAGUGGUCGAGAGAACGAGUCAGGGGAAUCAGAGGAAAGUGGUCGAGAGCAGAACGGUGAGGAAUCAGAAGAAAGCGGCGCUGUUGGUGGCAAUGGAUUCAAUGAACAACUGAACAGCAACUAUCCUAGUGUGACAGUUGACAGCAGGCUCCCCAUCAUCGACUAUGAACAGCUAGACUUCCCGGGGACGUCCCUUAUUGGCCAGGGAGCGUUCGGGUCUGUGAAGAAGGCCUUUUAUCGGAGAUGGAGACAGGAAGUAGCUGUCAAAAGUCUGACCCUUGAAAUAUAUGGAACAAGUGAGCAAGAGCUGCUGUACUCUGAGGCGAGGAAGCUGAACGUGGGGAGUCGGUCAGACUACGUCAUUCGUCUCUUGGGCAUCUGCCUCCAGCCACAAUUCGCCAUCGUGAUGCCCUUCAUGGAGAACGGAUCCCUAACCGACCUACUACAAAACAUCGACGUGCCCUGGGCCCUGAGGUACAGAAUGGCACGUGAGACAGCCAUGGGGAUGACCUUUCUGCACAGCCAGGAUCCACAGAUCAUCCACUGUGAUCUGAAGGCAGAAAACGUUCUACUUGAUGGCGAUUUCCACGUGAAGAUUUCAGACUUUGGCCUUUCCAAAUGGAAGAUGCAGUCCCGCAUCGUGACUGAAAAGAGCCCGAUGGGCGGGACCCCCACGCAUGUUCCACCGGAGUUCUUUGACACAGACGCCGGUCCAACCGACAAGGCUGAUGUGUACAGUUUUGGUGUACUGCUGUGGGAGAUUGCAACUCGAAGAAGGCCCUAUCGAGAUGCCCAAGGCAGAUUGAACAUCAGCACGCCACUCAGUUGUUACGUGACAGGCGGAGGGCGGCCGGACAUGUCCCUGGUACCCACAGACGUGCCGGGUGUAGACACUGUUAACCAACUGAUGCAAGCAUGUUGGAGUCAGAGUCCAGAUGACAGGCCUUCGUUCCAGGAAUGCGUGGACCAACUGCGUGACGUAAACGACUUAUCCAGUGAUGAGGACGUCCUAGAGGCCAUCAUCAACGUACGGCGGGAGAAAAAGGCUGUCAAGUAGAUCAUUCCGCAAUACGUCAAAGACAGCAAAGCAGAUGAUUUGGACACGGAAAGUUUCUAUGCGUAUGCCGAGACUUAGAAAGUUUAGACGUUAAGUCUUGCCUAGUCGGUUGUUAUGCGGUGACUUUGUUUCAUCAAAGUAUAUUUGAUUGUCAAAGUACUUUAAGUAAGAUGAGUAAAUAUCUUAGCAGGUGGAUUUUUCACUAUUAAAAGAAGCUAAUUACUGAUGGGUUUGUUUGCGAACAUGGUGACUAAAACACAUGGAUUUCAUGGUCUUCUUUUCGUGGUUGUAGAUAAUGUCUUUCGCAGCAGAAGACACGUUUUCCAAAUCGAAGAUUUCUUGUAAAUUAUAAUUCGAGAAAUAUUCAUCUGCUGGUAGAUGGUUGCGGUGGUUUGCAAUGUGCACUAUCGGAAUUACCAUACACUAUGUGUCAGG